GGUCUGAACCUUGAGAAAAAAAGCAUGAGAAGACAUUGAGGCAAUUUCCCAAACUCUCCAGCAUCACUGAAACAUUGCGUAGCUCUGUUUCCUCCGGUGGGUGCAAAUAGAAAUUUAGAGAGAAAUGGGCGAGGUGGGUAUCAAUAGGGAGGACGUGGAAGCGAAGCUGAGAGUAGAGGCGGAGAAGAAGGACGGCGGCGAGUGCGACUCUUCCGUCGGGACGAUGCGGUGGGAGAAGCUGCUGCCGACGAUGAACAUGCGGGUGUUGCUGGUGGAAGCUGAUGACUCCACCAGGCAUAUUAUAGCUGCGCUUCUCAGGAAAUGUAGCUACAGAGUUGCUGCUGUAGCUGAUGGCUUAAACGCUUGGGAGAUACUGAAGGCAAGGCCUCAUAACAUAGACCUGAUACUGACAGAGGUCGAUCUGCCAUCGAUAUCUGGAUUUGCUUUGCUUACGCUAAUCAUGGAGCACGAGAUCUGCAAAAAUAUUCCUGUUAUAAUGAUGUCCUCUCAGGAUUCAAUUAGCACCGUUUACAAAUGCAUGACGAGAGGCGUUUCUGACUAUCUAGUCAAGCCUAUUAGGAAGAAUGAGCUGACAAAUCUAUGGCAGCAUGUUUGGAGAAGACAAUCUUUAGCCCGGAAUGGCCCCCUCAAUGAGAGUGUUGGACAACAAAAGAUCAAAGCCACUUGUGAAAACGAUGGUGCAAGCAAUCAUUCAAGUGGCUAUAUGGCACGUGUUAACGAAAACAUGGGAAAAGGGACUGAUUCUCAGAGCUCUUGUACAAAGCCAGACUUCGAAACUGAGAAUGCCCCUGUAGAUAUGCAAAUUCGGGGAAAAACGAAGAAAGAUGAAGCACACGCCACUUUUGGAGAGAAAUUUCUUACGCAUGGAAAUGCAGCUAGAGGAACAACUAAGACUGCCGAUGAAAUCACUGACACAGCAGUUUCACCAGGCAAGGGUGCCAAGGCAGAAAGUCAGAGGAGGGAUGAUAAUAUGACUAGUGAAGCUUGUGACAAUAACGAUCUACUUGUCAACUCUUGUAGAGAUAUUACUGACUUCAUUGGAGCAUUCAGUAAAUAUCCAAGUAGCAACCAGAGAAAUUCUUUUUCAAGUAAUGCACCUAGCAUGUUUGAUUCUGCUCCACAAUUGGAUCUGUCCUUGAGAAGACCCGACUCCAGUGGCUUUGAGAAUCGAGUUACUGAGAAAAGGCACACCCUUGGCCACUCUGAUGCUUCCGCCUUUUCAAGAUACAUCAACAAGCCAAUGCAGCCCCAGAAAACUUCACUGUGUGAUCAGCAAAAGGCAUACGAAACUACGUGCGAGAAGCAAACAUCUAAUACCAAUGCUGAUUGUGAUACUCCUGCUACAACUUUUAGUACUCCCAGGAGUAUUAUUACUCUAGCUACUGGUCAAUCUAACCAAUCCGAAGUUGGAAUGGCAUGCCCUGAGCAGAGACUAUUUCCUCUUCCAGUUCCCGUGAAAGGCAUAAGGGUUAACAAUCUAAGCAAUGGGUAUGGUACGGUACUGCCUCCAAUGUUUUGUGCACAAUCAAGUCCAUCACCAAUUGCUAGUUCAGCUGCCCAGCAGGAACCCUCAUUCCUGAUGAAUACAUUUUACCCCGCAAAUCUUCAAACAGAUAAAUCUGAGAAAGUAUACGGCACACUUUAUCAAAAUGCCAAAGUUACAAUGGACCAAGCUCAGAAUCAGGAUCAGAGAUUCAAUGAGGAUCGAGGGCAUAUGUCCUCAGCAACCGAUCAAAGUGCAAGUAGCAGUUUCUGUAAUGGCAAUACAGGUCAUCUCAGUAGCAUGGGGUAUGGAAGUGCUUGUGGAAGCAACAAUGUUGAUCAGGUGGCUAUGUUCAGGGCUGCUCCAGAGCACAAGAAUGAAGACAGUUUCUUUAAUCAAAACGGAAAUUCUCAUCGAUCCAUCCAAAGAGAAGCAGCUCUAAACAAGUUCCGCUUGAAGCGCAAAGAUAGAUGCUACGACAAGAAGGUUCGCUACGAGAGCAGAAAGAAACUCGCAGAGCAGCGUCCCAGAAUAAAAGGGCAGUUUGUUCGUCAAGCAAGUAAUGAUCCUUCACCUGCAGAAACUGAUGGCAAUACAUAUGAGGGUUAACUACUUAUAGAGUUUCUUGUACUUCAAGUUAAGAUGGCGGAUGGGUAAGAGUAUAUAGCUUUGUUAUACCGUUUUUCAGUUUUUGAUGCCAAGAAACACAGGUGAGGAGAAUAGUACAGGCCUGAAGAAGCUUCUGACAUCACUUCUGCAUUCAUCUUUCACGUAUAUAUGUAUCAACUCGUUUUACCAAUGUAUCCUCUGUAAAAUGGGGUUGUAUAUUUUUCUUCCUAGGGAUGUUUUAGUCAUUGUAUUUUUGUUUGUUAUCACAUAGGUUUGUUCAUUCAAGAUUUCAAAUCUCAGUGGGUAUACAAACUUCAUUUGAUCA